AUGAGAUCGCCUACCACGGCCGUCGUUCUCGGCUUCCUGUGCUCGCUCUCGGCCGCCGCCCCUCUGCUCGACGUCGCCAUCAACGCCGCCGACUGGACGAAGCAGGAGUGGGAUGCCAUUGUCGUCGGCGCUGGCCCCGCCGGUAUCAUUGUCGCCGACAGGCUCAGCGAGGCCGGAAAGAAGACGCUGCUCCUGGAAGAUGGAGGCAAGUCGUACGGUAUCGUCGGCGGCACCGACCGCCCUGGCUGGCUGAACGGCACCAACCUUAGCCGCGUCGACGUUCCGGGUCUCUACAAGAGCAUUUUCGCCGAUGGAGGAGACUUGGUGUGCGGCAGCCGCGUCAACGCCUACGGCGGCUGCACCAUCGGCGGCUCGUCCGCCAUCAACGCGGGCCUCUACUUCCAGCCGCCGGCGUCCGACUGGGACGACUUCCACCCGGCGGGCUGGAAGAACGCCGACGUGGCGGCCGCGACGGAGCGCUUGUACCAGCGCCAGAAGUCGGUCGAGCAGUACUCGAUGGACGGCAAGUACUACCUGCAGACGGGCUACGAGGCGGCGCGCAAGUGGAUCGUCGACAGCGCGGGCUUCUCGGACGUCGUCAUCAACGACGCCGCCGACCAGAAGUACCGCGUCUUCGGCCGGCCGGCGUACGACUACGCCAACGGCCAGCGCGGCGGGCCCGUCACCACCUACCUGCAGACGGCCCUCGCCCGCGACAACUUCCAGCUCCAGCACGGCGUGCGCGUGCAGCGCGUCGCCCGCACCGGGCCCAAGGCCACGGGCGUCGUCGCCACCGUCGACGGCCGCGACGUCACCAUCCCGCUGUCCGCCACCGGCCGCGUCGUCCUGAGCGGCGGCGCAGUGCAGUCGCCAUCGCUGCUCAUGCACUCGGGCAUCGGCGACGCGGCGACGCUCUCGCGCCUCUCCGCGGCGGGCAAGCUCGCCGCCGCGCCGUCCGACUGGAUCAACAACACGGCCGUGGGCGCGCGCCUCUUCGACAACCCAAACACCUUCAUCGAGCUGACCGGGCCCUCGCUGUCGUCCCACGCCAACCGCUACGCCGACCCGCCCGCGGCCGACACGCAGCUGUACCUGGCGCAGCGCUCGGGCCCGCUCGCGUUCGCGACCCAGACGUCCGUCUUCUGGACGUACGUCAACCACACGGACGGCAGCGCGCCCGCCGGCGUCCAGGGCACCAUCGACUCGGCCGGCUACGGCGACUGGACCGCCAACAACACCGUCACCCUCAACGUCUACGGCACCUCGGGCCUGCUGUCCGAGGGCCGCGUCGUGCUCGACGAGAAGUUCGUCGCCGGCCCCAGCGGCGACGUCUACUACAGCGACGCCGCCAACAGGGACGCCGACGACAUCGCGUCCGUCAUCCACGACUUGUUCGCCCGGCUGCCCGCCGACCUGGAGCCCAUGAACAUCAGGAGGAAUGCGACCAAGGAGGAGAUUCGGACGUAUAUCACCACGCCUUCGGCGUAUGCCAAGGGGAUGGUCAACCAUUGGAGCAGCAGCUGCAGGAUUGGGGAGUGUGUGGAUGAGAAUGCGAUGGUGAAGGGGACGGAGAAUGUGCAUGUUGUGGAUGGCAGCAUUGUGGCGCCGCUGACGGUGAACCCGCAGUUUGGUAUUAUGGUGGCGGCGGAGAGGGCGAGUGAGUUGAUCAACGCGCUGUAG